AUGGCCACCGAGGCCCUCCCGAAAGACCAGGACCUGGCCGACCCUGAGCUACAAGGAAUCUUAGAAGGGACCGCCCGAUUCCGUCGUCUAGGCUGGAAACGACUCACUGUCAUUUCGAUAGUCGAGGCCAUCGCCCUGGGAAGCCUAGGAUUACCGUCUGCCUUCGCCGCUCUCGGAAUGGUCGCAGGCGUGAUCCUAACCAUCGGACUCGGCUUCGUUGCCAUCUACGCAGGCUACAGCAUCGGCGAAGUCAAACUACGGUAUCCACAAGUCGGUCAUUACGCAGACGUCGGUCACCUUCUGCUGGGGAACGUGGGAUCAAAGAUCUUCGUAGGCAGCUUCGUUGCUCUUCUCAUCUUCGUGAUUGGGUCGCACUGCCUGACCGGCGCCAUCGCAUUCCAGACCAUCACGCAAAGCAGCUCGUGCUCGAUUAUCUUCAGCGUGGCAUCUGCUGCAAUCCUGAUGCUGCUCGCUAUUCCGCCGUCGUUUGCCGAGAUUGCGAUUCUGGGGUAUAUUGACUUUGCGUCGAUUCUCGUGGCUAUUGGCGUUACGAUGAUUGCGACUGGGAUCCAGAGCUCGAAUGGAUCCGGUGGCUUUGCUGCUGCGGAUGUUUCUGCGUGGUCUGCUUGGCCGAAGCCGGGUCUUACUUUCUCUGCGGCUAUCGUGGCCACUAAUAAUAUUGUUUUUGCGUAUUCUUUUGCUGGCUGUCUGCCGUCGUUCAUGGAGGAUAUGCAUACCCCUGAGGAUUAUGUCAAGACGCUGUGGUGGCUAGGCGGUAUUCAGAUUGUUAUCUAUACCCUGACUGGGUCUAUCAUCUAUGCUUUUGUCGGGCAGGAGGUGCAAUCGCCUGCGUUGCUGUCGGCGGGCCCUGUUGUCUCGAGGGUUGUCUUCGGUAUAGCGCUUCCGGUCAUCUUCAUUUCGGGGUCGAUCAAUACGACAGUUGUAUGUCGAUAUAUCCAUGGAAAGGUGUACCGGGACUCGGCUGUUCGCUUCGUCAACACGUCGAAGGGGUGGAGUACAUGGCUUGGUCUUGUGUUCUGUGUUACCAUCCUGGCCUGGAUUAUUGCUGAGGCUAUCCCCAUCUUUUCUGAAUUGCUCUCUAUUAUUUCUGCCCUGUUUGUGUCUGGUCUGUCGUUCUAUAUCCCACCAAUCAUGUGGUAUAUGCUACUGAAAGAGGGUGCAUGGUAUGAGAAGCACAAUUUGAAGCCUGCGAUUCUGAAUGGUGUGGUAUUCCUCGUGGGCAUGAUUAUUUUUGGAUGUGGUACCUAUUCUAGCGUCACUGAACUGAUUGAUAAAUUCCGGUCGGGGUCAGUAAGUAAGCCAUUUACCUGCUCUUGA